ACAUGCACGCCUGUGUCAAACGUUACCGAUAAUCACCACGAACCAGUUAAGAGAGGUUAAAUCCUGCAAAGCUCCUCUCUCUUCUAGCAACUAACGUUGGUUAACUAUCGAAUACCUUUUUAAUGUUUCAGCAAAUAAAACACUCGACGUUAUUUAAGAAGUCUUUUAUUUUGAAAUCGUGGAAUACAUGCAUUUUAUUUAUCCGCGCAAACUCCAGUGAGAUGUGACGAUGUAUUGACUCUGCGCCAUAAAGUAGGACGGCGUUAUGCCUUUGAGUGUGUUACCUGGUCGUGAUUGGUCAUUGACUGUGACUGGCUCCUGCUUUUCCUUUUUCCCGUAUGCAACAUCUGGCACCAGCUGUGCCGAAUAACCAUUAUAUUCUGUGUUAUUAAGAUGCACGUGACCGGCCGAGCCAGCCACCUCUGGCCUGACAGCACCAUCACAGCUGCGACAGUUGUUGGAUUCUUGGUAACUUUGGGGAUCUUACGGAGCAUCGCUGCAACUGCCUGUUCCUUCUAGCUCCCACUGCUACCUCAGGAGAUGAAGCGAGUGCUUUUAGGCUUAUGUUAUGUUAUAUGCCUGCUUGGUUGUCACCCACUGCAGUUCCUUCUUCUCUCGCUCAUUUAGGUGAUCUGCCGUAGGACUUUGCCUCGAUGUUGCGUUUGAUUGCGACGUCCCUGUGCAUACGUGCCACAGCUCUACCGUUACCCCGAAGACCGUGUGCAACACUGAGCUCAGCAGAGAACCAGCAGACCGUGGAAGCCCUCUAUGAUCUCUCUGUGGACAUCCAGAAGGUCCGGAAAUUAAAGGGCUGGGUUCUGCGUCAGAGCCCAGCCUACACUAAGGAGGUAGCUGACAUGUUGAAGGACAUGGGAGCCUCGGGGUCCAUCAUUGCCCAGAUUCUAGCAGUUCACCCCGAGGCUGUCCUCUGUCACCCAGAGCAGAUCCAGGCUCAGCGGGAGCUAUGGAUGUCUGUGUGUCCAAAACAGAAAGAGCUGGUCGGUAUCAUUGAGAAAUUCCCAGCCUCCUUCUUCACCUCGUCGAGCCACCAUGACAACCAGCGGAACAACAUCGCCUACUUUCAGAGCUUAAACCUCAACAAGCGCAUCAUCACCAAGCUGAUGGCCAGCGCUCCACAGAGCUUCAGUCAGCCAGUGGAGCAGAACGAGCUGAUGGUGCGCACCCUGCAGCAGGCCUACCAGGACCUCGGGGGUGAGGAGGCCAACAUGAAGAUCUGGCUUCAGAAGCUGCUGAGUCAGAACCCGUUUGUUCUCCUCAAGCCCCCCGAGGUGCUAAGGCAGAACCUGCUGUUUCUGAGGGCCAAGGGCUUCAGCACGGCCGAGCUCCUGCGCCUCCUGUCCAAACUUAAGGGCUUCGUCACCGAGCUGAACCCGGACAGCAUGCGCCGCACUCUGGCGUACUCCCAGGACACCAUGGGCUGCUCCGAGGAAGAGCUGCGGGAAAUCGUCCUCAACUGCCCGGCAGUACUUUACUACCCUGACAUCAUUCUGGCUGAGCGCUUUAAGGGCCUCCUCGGCGCUGGGAUCAGCAUGUCUCAAAUCAAGGAGACUCCGACCGUUUUGGAGCUGACCACGCAGAUAGUGAAUUAUCGCAUCCAGCGACUGAGGGUGCGCGGUUAUGACGCAAGGACAGGUAGUCUGGAGGUCCUAAAUGGCACGAAGAAGGACUUUGAGAUGAGCUACGGGAAAUUGAAGUUAGGUAGAGAGAGGCCAAUGUUUAACCCCGUUGCCCCUUUAAAAGGAGAUGACUGACAGGUUGAAUGGACUAACACAAGGGAAUUAAGGCUGUGUAUAAGUGUAUUGGUGAUUAUUUAUAUCUGUAUUUUGUCAGCAUCAGAUUAGAGUGUCUUAAGGGUUUUACGGUGCACUUAUUUCAAGCAUUACAUUCAAAAAGCUGCACACUUUUACUGCAGGUGUAAAUUGAUAUUGUAAGAGACGAGCAUGGUUAUGCAACGGCUUCCCAGAGUGAUAUCAGAAAGUGAGACAAAUGCAAUGGCAUCUAAACGUGUCACUCUUUUUAGGGAAGAUGUAGUUCCUCGCCAAAUAAAGAAUUUAUUGCAGCUUA